AUGAGAGCUUCGUUGACUUGCCGAACUCGAGCGGGUACUAGUAUCCGGUCCGGAACUUCAGUCUUUCUGCUUUGUUGUGAUAUUGCUGGCGAUGCCACGAAGAAUCUAUCCAAGCGAUCCUUCUCGGGCGAUCACGGUGUUACUAGCGACCAAAUCUACAUGGCAGUGGUCCGCUACGACAACAACGUCGCAACUAUCCCCUUUGUUGGCCCUGAUCUCGAAGCCAAGAAGCUUCAUGAUCGCAUGACCCGAGAAACCCACAAGCACCACGUCUAUCUGAUUCCGACCAGAAAGAAAAGCGUAGCCUCUGGACCCUACCAAUCGCUUGACCAAGCCAAGAAUGCACUGAAAGAUGGCGAGAAACCAAAUUAG